UAGAAAAACAACAGAAAGAUAAAAUAAGAAAUAAAUUCUGAUAUAUAAAUAGUGCCAGUAUUCUCAGCAGUGUUCACCUACAGAAUAUUAUUAUUGUUAUUGCUGUUUUAUAAAAUGGAUAUUGAAGAUAAUCCAUAUCAUCAGAGGAAAUCAAUGAAUCAAUCAUUUCUGGAAUCGAUCAUUGAAAAACACUUUUAUUCUUCAAAUUAUAAUCGAAGUGAUAGUCAAGAAAUUGAUAUCCUACUGGAAUCUCCAUCAAGUUCUAGUCAAUUUUCAACAGUACAACAACGUCAACAACACUCUACUCCUUUGACAUUAUCAGAACAUCAAAAUUCUUAUGAAACGAUAGAAUCACUCACUCAACUGAAUGAUUAUUCUUUAGUGAAUCAACUAAAUCCAUCUGUCUGCUAUCAGUCGAAUAAUUUAAGUGGCUACAUCCAUAUUAGUAAUGAUAAUAACUGUAAUCAUCUUACGUAUAUGAGUACUCCAUAUGCUAAGCGGGAAUUUGUUAAUCAACAAAGAAAUGAUGAAGACUUCUUCGAUUAUUCAUCUUUUGAUGCUGGGAAGACAACAGUUACAAUACCAACUUCGAUAAUCAACAGAAUCGAAAAUAGACAAUCUGAAAAUUUUCAAUCACAGUUUCAAAACAGUGAACCACUGGUAAACCAACUCAUUGUCACUUCACCUGAUCAAAUUUCUCCAUUCAUUCAGGAAGUUCGCACAGAAGAAAACUUAUCUAUAAAAUAUCCUCGAAAUUCUCCUGUUGUACAGAAUGAUCAAAAAAAUUCAAAAAUUCGAUAUAAUUCAACCAGAAUACUUUCAACAAUACGUAGACAACAUCAACGUGAACAAGAUAAAAAUCGUACAAGAACAUUGAAUGCGGCAUUCUGUAAUUUACGGUCAUGCCUACCAGAAAUACCAAAGGAUACAAAACUUACAAAAAUUAGAACAUUACGUUAUGCAAUAACAUAUAUUCGUCAAUUGAUGGAUUUACUUCAAGAGACUGAUCCAGUGUUCAAUGCAUCAAGUCUAAUGUUCAACGGUACAGUCAAUUCAUUGAAAAUGGAGCCUGACUAUGAUCAAUUAUCAAUGAAGGACAGUGGAUAUCUCAGUUUUAUGGAUAGAUAAUUGACAGUACCAUCCUUAUUGCUUAUUUUUCUGCCUCAUUAUAUCAUCUACUUAUUUUUAAAUUACAUAUUUUCUGAUUGUACACAGAUUUAUUUUCAGUCCAAUUUUUGUUUUCUUUUUUUGCUUUCUCUACAUUCAAUUUUCCCGCUUUUAUUCUUCAGAGAAGGAAAAAAAAGAGUUUAACACUAGACAAUGCUCAUAUUUUUUCUUUUAUCAUACAAAUGAAUUUUUUAUUAUUUUCUAAACACAAAAUGCCAUUCUUUCAGGUAAUAAUUUGCUUCCUUUUUUAUGUUAAGAUAUGAUUAAUAUGCAUUCCUGUUCAUUAUUUUCUUUCUUUUUAA